AUGGACUUGUUCGAUGAAAUACUAAAGCAAGCUAGCAGUAAUACUAAAAGGGCUAAACAUGAGAUUAAAAAAAUUGAUGAAGCUCAUCAAAAGACGCAAAAACGUAUAAAUUCUCAACCAAAUACAGAGCGUCAACAGAAAAAACAUAUAAAUGUCCAAACUAAGUUCAUCAUUCCCAAGAAGAAAACUAAGGAAGAGCCAUCGGUUGACAAAAAUAAAAUAGCAGUGUUUCUGAAACGGAAAGAAGAGGAGAAACAAAGAGCCGUAUUAGAAAAAAAGAAGCAGAAGGAAGAACUGUUGAAAUUAAGGUUGCAAACUUAUGGAGGAAAGGCUAACAAGAAACUUGCCAAACAGUUUGGUAGUACUCCAAUUGAGCUGCAGCAAAAAUAUGGAAAUAAUCGUCAACAUGAAGAACAUCUGUUAAGGCAGCAAAUUCGUGAAGAAGAAGAAGCUAAUCGCCUCAAUACCAAGUUACGUGGAGGUGUUAUGAAGGCUCUAGAAAGAAAGAAAGAGGUUGAGAAAGUAGUUGCGAGAUUUGGCAAGAAUGGUCCAUAUAGAAUGGCAACAAAGAAAAAGAAUAGUUUGAGACACCUAACCAAGGAAGAUUCCCCAGGGCCUUCUUCAUCUGGUAUCUCGAAAAUUAAAAUAAAGAGAACUGAGACAAAAGCAGUGACUAAGCGUCGUCCGAUUUCAGCGGACUUUAAUUUCUCAGUUCUGAUGAAAAAGGCAGAAGCAAUUCAAAGUCGUAAAACAUUUUCAUGUAGUCCUUCACCACUUCCAGCUUCACCUCCACCUUCGGCAAAGGAAACUCCCCAGAUUGGACCACGACCAAAUAUUGGAAAAAAUAAGCUUCUUGAUUACAAAAGCAAGCAACAAAUCCUACAUGGAGAAAACAAAAAAUCUAACUCUAAAAAAAUAUGUGAUUCAAAUCUUGGAAACAAACUCAUUGAUGCCAACCUUACUAGAAAAAACGAAAUUUUGCCUACUAGUUCUGUACCACGACGCUAUCUUCCGGGUGAUAUUAGAUAUCAAGGACCUUCUCCAGCGCAAGCUCGGCCAAGUGUCAAACUGAUUAGCAAUGGGUCAGUUUCAAGCAAGAAUAAUAUACAAGAAAACAGUAGGAAAGAAAUGCAAACAAGAAUACUUGCUGCAACAAAUGUAGGAUAUCGCGAUAAAACUGGUAAUCAACGAGAAAUGGUAUUGAAGAAAGUGCUGUCACGUGAAGAAUCAAUUCCCCACUUCAAAGCUCGUGAACGCAUCCGUUUGGAGGAACGGCGUUGUUUAGAAUUGCGCCGCCAAAGCAAUAGGGAAAGUUUUGAUGAAGAGGAGGAUGAGUAUGAUAGUGAGAUGGAUGAUUUCAUUGAUGACAGCGAAUUCGACGAUCAUUUGAAACGUGGUGAUUUAGAGGAAACGCUUCGGUGCAUUUUUGUUAUCAUCUGGAUGAUAAAUCCACGAUAUGAUAAGAAUCGUUGGAAGUUACGAGAACGAAUGAUUGAUGAUCGUCAUAUGGAAGCUAGCUAUCGUGAUAUUGCUCGUGAGGAAAAACGAAGUUCAAGAAUAGGUCUUAUUGAAGAUAUUCGAGAAGCACAGUGUGGCAAAAGUAUUGCUUUAUGA